AUGCACGACGGAAAACCGCGCGUCUGCCCUCGCUCUGGCGCACACUCUUGCCAAGUCCAAACCAUGGUAGAACUGGACAGUGAGCUGAAAUGCCACGGGUGCCGCGGCCCUAGCUCUAAGCCACUUGUCUCCCAUAGCAAAGAAAUAUCAGCGACUUGGCUUCGCCUGGCUAAAAGUUUUCAGAGGGUGUGGCGCAACGCUUGGUACUAUGAGAAAAAUCCUCGGAGAAUGGAGGAUUGGUUCUCCAAAUUCAUAUUCUUUCAAAAGAUGCAGUGGUUAAACGAUACCCCAAGGGCUGUGGUGCUUUAUAACCCCCUCGAACGGAACGGGUUCCUCACUGACGUACAGGUCAACAGUCUCUCUCCAAACAGCGAGUGCGGCAUCUGCCAAUUGUCCUUGCUAGAAGACGAUCCAGUAGCCUUGCCAUGUCACCACAAGUACCAUCUCUUCUGUAUAAAUGCAUGGCUCAGUGGCGCGUCGCUCGAGAAAACUUGCGAGGGCAAAAAUACUUGUCCCAUAUGUCGUCGGGAGUGGAACCUGUGUCGUGCUCUUGAUGCGGGGUUCACGCCUGGAGGUACUCGGUUUAGCCAUCGGAAUUAUGGUGAUAACGAGUGUGAUGGCGACGAGAGUGAUGACGACGAGAGCGGUGACGACGAGAGUGAUGAUGACUACUACUACUAG